GUAAUCAGCCAGUUAUAGAGUAUAUUUUGUUUCCUGUUAGUCAAGUGUGCAUAAUUAAAUAAUGGCAACAGGAAUAAAAGAUCGAAUGAUUCCUUCUAUGGAUACACUGGUCAAAUAUGACAAUCCAGUGUUAGUAACAACUCGUCCAGAAAAGGUACCUAAAGAACAAGCACCAAAAAUUGGAGCAACAGCUUGUAAAGUUCAAACUACUAUUCCUACAAUAGACACACGACACGAAACUACUGAAAUUCUAAACAGGAUUAUACCACCUAAACAAUGGGAAGAUGAUGGUCAAACGUGGACUCAACAAGUAUCAAGUACACCAGCAACAAGAUUAGACGUUAUUAAUUUGCAAGAACAACUUGAUAUGAAAUUGCAACAAAGACAAGCAAGAGAAACUGGUAUAUGUCCAAUACGUAGAGAACUUUACACACAGUGUUUUGACGAAAUAAUACGUCAGGUGACAGUAAAUUGUGCCGAGCGUGGUUUACUUUUACUUCGAGUUAGAGAUGAACUUAAAAUGACAUUAGCUGCAUAUCAGACUUUGUAUCAGAGCAGUAUUGCUUUUGGUAUGCGUAAAGCUCUCCAGGCUGAACAAGGAAAAGAAGAUCUGAUUGCUGCUGCAGAUGAGUUGCAAUUGCAAAAAGCUGAACUGGAGAAAACAGUUGCUGAACUGAAACAGAAAUUUGAACAGGCUGAAAGGAGAUCAGCUGAAUUAAGGGAAGCUGAAGAAAAGAAAUAUACAGAAGAGAUACAAUUCUUGAAAAAAACAAAUCAACAGUUAAAGACGCAAUUGGAAGGAAUUAUUGCACCAAAAAGAUAAGAUGAACAAAAAUGAUGAUUGCAGUGAUCACUUCUUUAAUUGUUAUACCUUUAAAUAUAAGAUUUUUAUAUUUAUAUUCUUCAAACAAAUUUGCAUGC